UCCCAAAUGAACUCUCCCGCCACUGGGAAAGUGCAGCUGUCAGCGCGGGUGUUCCCUCCAGUUUGGUUGCUGGCUGGUUAAAGAAAAUCUUGCGGGUUUAUUUGGGACGGAGAAAUCGUGGAGUUGAAAGUUUGCAAGUUGACCUGGUGGGACCGAGUGACAGAAGGUGGUCAAGAUGCAGUUCUCAGGAAGGACUCGGAAGAAGCUAAGAUUGGCUGGCGACCAGAGAAAUGCUUGUUACCCUCACAGCCUUCAGUUUUACCUACAGCCACCCUCUGAAAACAUAUCCUUGAUAGAGUUUGAAAACCUGGCUGUUGAUAGACUUAAAUUGCUAAAAACAAUUGAGAAUCUUGGUGUGAGCUAUGUGAAGGGAACAGAACAGUACCAGAAUAAGUUGGAGGCUGAGAUUCGAAAACUCAAGUUUUCCUACAGAGAGAACUUAGAAGACGAGUAUGAGCCACGAAGAAGGGAUCAUAUUUCCCACUUUAUUUUGCGCCUUGCGUACUGCCAGUCUGAAGAUCUUAGACGAUGGUUUAUUCAACAAGAAAUGGAUCUGCUUCGAUUUCGAUUCACUAUUUUACCCAAAGAUAAAGUUCAGAAUUUCCUAAAGGAUAGUCAUUUGCAUUUUGAAGCUAUAAGUGAUGAAGAGAAGAGUCUUCGAGAACAGGAUAUCACUGCAUCCUCGCCUAGCCUAAGUGGGGUUAAGUGGGAAUCAGAGUCCGUUUACAAGAUCCCCUUUGCUGAUGCUCUGGACCUGUUCAGAGGAAGGAAAGUCUAUUUGGAAGAUGGCCUUGCUUACGUGCCGCUUAAAGACAUCGUGGCCAUCAUCCUGAACGAGUUCAGAGCCACGCUGUCUAAGGCUCUGGCACUAACAGCCAGGUCCUUGCCUGCAGUGCAGUCCGAUGAACGGCUCCAGCCUCUGCUCAACCACCUCAGUCAUUCUUACACUGGCCAAGAUUACAGCAUCCAGAAGAACCCUGGGAAGAUUUCCUUAGAUCAGAUUGACUCGCUUUCUACCAAAUCCUUCCCACCUUGCAUGCGUCAGUUGCACAAGGCUUUGAGGGAGAAUCACCAUCUUCGUCAUGGAGGCCGGAUGCAGUAUGGCCUGUUCCUGAAGGGCAUUGGCCUAACUUUGGAACAGGCUUUGCAGUUCUGGAAGCAAGAGUUUAUCAGAGGAAAGAUGGAUCCAGAUAAGUUUGAUAAAGGUUACUCUUACAACAUCCGUCACAGCUUUGGAAAGGAAGGCAAGAGGACAGACUAUACGCCUUUCAGUUGCAUGAAGAUUAUCCUGACCAAUCCACCAAGCCAGGGGGAUUAUCAUGGGUGCCCAUUCCGUCACAGUGACGCAGAGUUGCUGAAGCAGAAGAUGCAGUCCUACAAGAUCCCUGCCUCCGGGAUCAACCAGAUUUUGGAUUUAGUAAAGGGGACUCACUACCAGGUAGCCUGUCAGAAGUACUUCGAGAUGACACAUAACGUAGAUGAUUGUGGCUUUUCUUUGAAUCAUCCGAAUCAGUUCUUUGUUGAAAGCCAGCGGAUCCUAACUGGUGGCAAAGACAUCAAGAAGGAGUCCAGCCAGCCAGAGACGCCUCAGCCCAAACCCAGUGUCCAGAAGAGCAGGGAUGCAUCGGCUGCACUGGCCUCUCUGAACUCCUCCCUGGAAAUGGAGCUGGAGGGACUAGAAGAUUAUUUUAGUUCAUGAUGUGACCACUUCAGUAACCCCUUUCCCCAGCAAAUACAUUCCACUUUGUAAGGUUUGCCUUUCUAAAGCCUUCAUGUUGAGCAACUUCCUCUACCCACCUCCUCCAUGUCCAUACAUUUGUUAGCAAAGCGAGCUCGCUUCCAUCUUAUUUUUGACAUAAUGAAAAGAGGCAGAGUUCCUAUUGAAACCUUUCAUUGAAUGUUUUUAUUUGAAUCCUGUUUCAGAAAAUUAAAACGGUGCUCAGACACUAAAGUCCUCAGGCAGCAAUACAACUAAAACCAACUUUUAAAGUUUCAUAUGUUAUAAUUCUGACCCAGUUCUCUUUUGGAGUAUUUUUGCUAAUAAAUACCAUCAUGUAUAUGACUGUA